UUAAAACCACACAAAAAGAAGUUAGAGAGAUGAAUGCAAAUUUCCUAAGGAAUGGCUUAAAGAGGAGUGGUUAUUAUUCAAUCUACCACAAUUUCCUUUACAGACAAUCAACGUUGAAGUUGAACGGAGCUCCGAUUACCCGUCAACAAACAAGGGCUUUUUUCAAAUCCUCGAAUUUCUCCAUUUUCAGGAAAACCAAAGAUCUUGAAUGGUCUCCUCCUUCCAAUCGAAUUUGUUCUUUAUCAUGUUCAAAGAUUGGAAUCGUGGGUUGGUACUUGGGGAUGAUAAAUGCUCGUCCUGUUCUCACUAAAAGUGUCACUUCUUGCCUAAUUUAUGCCGCCGCCGACUUAUCAUCUCAGACAAUUUGCGAGACAAGUUAUGAUUUCUCGAGAACAUUACGAAUGGGGAUGUAUGGACUGUUUAUUUCGGGAUCAACACUUCAUUAUUGGUACAACUUUAUGUCGAGGAUCCUCCCUAAACGAAAUACGAUGGCAUCAUUGAAGAAAAUGUUUCUAGGUCAAGCCGUAUAUGGUCCAAUUAUGACUGCUGUUUUCUUUUCAACAAAUGCAGCAUUGCAAGGGGAAAGUUACGGUGAAAUUGUCGCGAGAUUGAAGAGAGAUAUGAUUCCAACAUUGUUGAAUGGCGUUAUGUACUGGCCAUUGUGUGAUUUUCUAACAUUCAAAUUCAUCCCAGUUCACUUACAGCCGCUGGUGAGCAACUCGUUUUCUUACUUAUGGUCUAUCUAUUUGACAUACAUGGCUAGUUUAGAGAAACCGAGUUUGGUUGUAACUGAAUCGUGAGAACAAACCCUACUCGGACCAGCCAGCGAGUCGAUAUUUUGAACAGUCGAAAAAAGGGAUAAAUUUGUAGGAUUAUUUGAAAUAUUCAGGUUGUAUCUUUCUUUUUCAUUGUUGUGUCUGAAUGAUUAAUUAAUCUAUCAUAUUAAUGGAAACAGUAUUAGCUUGUGUUAUUUAAGAUUAUUUUCAAA